CCGUAAUCUUGCAUGCUGCCAACUACACAUUAUUUUAUUCGCACCAAUAUUCUUACAUCUAUAUUCAUCCAUCAAUAGUGAUUUGGGUUGUUUGAGUUCUUCCUCUUGCAAUCUCUCCGGCCUUCUCGGCAGUUCCUCGCUCCUCCAAGCCUGAUUAUACACCAUGACGUCUCAUGGUCAUCAAGGUCAUCACGGUCAUCACGGCCACUACGUCGAUGUUGGGGUCGACGUCUGCUCCUCCUCAUCUUCUUCCUCAGAAGCUGAUCCAGAUGACGAGUGGACCUGGCUUCACCCCGAACAUCACCACUACAACGGCCAUAUGGUCCCACAUCGACAUUUCCAUGGCAAUUAUCCCCAGGCAUUGUCCCCUCAUUAUGGCCAUGGAGGGAGACAUAUUACCAUACCACUUCCACACUCCAACAGUCCGCACAGAAAUCGUGCCCGUGUGAGGUCCCUAUCGCCAGUUUACUCCACUAGAAGACGAGGUCGUUCCGCAGAUUGGCAUUGGGACUUUGGAGGUCCAAGCAUAAGAGAAGAUGUAUCCACCAAUAUCUAUUCUGGAGGCGGGAGAAGCACUCUCCCAAAUCUCAAUGUCGAUAUCCACAACCACAACUCAGACCAUGAUCACGACCACUCUCAUUCCCACAGUCCCCGAUCUGGCUUCAAUCAAGGCUACCACCAGCCCACCUAUGCACCACCCGCGCCGGGUCCUAGCCCGUUUCAUUACUCGGGAUACACGACCAGCCUCUCCGGAUCUGCCGCCGACGGCAGAGCCAUCGUCCAUGACCGCUUCAACGCCGACCACGCCGAGCGCAUGAACCAGCACGUUUGCGUGCACAAUGGCGACGGUGAGUGGGACGAUCGAUGGAGGCAUCAUCGUGGCCCCCGGGACUGGUACGACGACGAGCUGAAAUGGCGACAAAAUAACGAGCUUCAGCAUGCGCAGAAGAUCGCUGUCGAUGACUACGUCCAUCAACAGCAUGAAGCUGAGGAUGCCAGGAAAGCGGCGGUGCGGGACGUGAAGCUUGAACUGAAGGAGCAUGAGAAUGAGAUUGAAGAUGCGGAGGGCAAGGCGAUAAGGAAGUACGAGGACAAACUUUCUGAGCGGAAGAAGGCUGCUGAUGAGGCUUUGUUUAAGUUCAGGGAGGCCGAGGCCAAGAAAGCAGAGGAGUUGAAAUUGGCAAGGGAUAAAUGGGACAUGGAACAGAAGAAGAAGGCACAGGAAGAGAAUGACAAGAAAAAAGCGUGGGAGUUAGAGCAAAAGAGAAAAGAACAGGAAGAAAAGGAUAAGAAGAAAGCAUGGGAGGCCAAGGCGCUGCAGGACGAGCAGGAGGAGAAAGAGAAACAGAAGCGGGCAAAGGAGAAAUGGGAGGCUGAUGAGAAGAAGAGGAAGGAUGACGAGAAGAGAAAAGAAGAUGAGAUAAAGGCAAAGUUAGAAGCAGAUGAGAGGAAGAAGAAAGAUGAGGCUCAGAAAAAGGAAGCUGAAUUGAAGAAUAAGAUAAAAACGGAAAUGCUAUGUACGGGACUGGCACCGAGUACUGUGGAUAGCAUUAUGGAACCGAAGAAGCCAGUGCCCAGAAUUGAGACAUUCCCGGGCGUUGAAAGGCCGUCGAGGAGGGUAGAGCAUACUUCAUGGGAAUAUUUUGAGCCGUGGGACCAUGAGGGACGGAGGUGGAUUCGAGUGCAUCGGAGAUAUGUGGCACCAGAUACACUAAGACUAUACGAUCUACCAUAUGGGCAUGAUCCGGAUGAUCAAAACUAUCUCAUUAUUCAUCGGGAUUAUGAUAAUCCGGGUAUCGAUCUCAAGAUUCUCAUCGAACAUACUCGGCGGCAUAGCCAUCGCGAGCCUGACUACAACGAAUAUGUGAUUCGAACAGAUCAUAGAGGAAGAAAAACGAUAUUUCACCCGCGACCUGCGAACCAGAAUGCUCUCUAA